AAGAAUGCGAUAGCAGGCAAAGUUUAUACGCAACAGAGAAAACCUCCAAAACUUCGCUGAAAAACGUGGAAUUCGACUUUUAAAAUGGGCUGUGGGAAUUCAAAAACUACGGCAGUGCAUCAUGCACUCGAAGAAAACAAAAAUAUCUGUGACGACAAAACGCAGGGCAAAGUUUACUCAAAAUUAGACUCUGGUGUUCGGAAUGAGUCAGCUGUAUCAAAACGCACAACUGACAGUGGCUUGGGGCUGGAUGGAGAAGCUUUACAUUUACCUGGAGCGGUACCAGAUAAGCUAUCACCUCUCAGGGCUGGGCCUGUUGGCCUCCCUAAAGACUCCAAGGAAAGACAAAAAUCAUCAGACAUCAUGGAGGAGCUCUUAAAGCAGGGCAUCAUCCAAAGCCAUCCCCGACUUGUGAGAAAUGGCGAAGCCUAUGAUAUUAUGGCAAAAUCGUCUGAAAAACAGUUGAAGAAUCCACCUCUCCACUUGGAGACACUGAAAACUAAGAAGAAGAAACGAACCCCUGUAACAAUGGAGGACAUUGAGAAGAAAAUGAAGUCAGCGGAGGAAAGACGGAAGACAAAGGAAGAGGAGCUAAAUAAAAGACUACGAACCAAAAAGCCAGUUAACAAUACUUCUCAAUCCAGUGAUGAGACAGAACCUACUGAAGUCACUGAAAAGGGAACACAAGAAGCAAAAUCUAGUAUGCAGGACAAGGUAUUAGGCAUGGACAAGUCUUUGAAGAACAGCGAAGACGGUACACAUGAAGCAGUUUCUAGUAUUGUAGACAGGAGAUUAGGCAAGACUUUGGAGAGGAAUGAAGCUCCUUUGAGUUCAAGGAACACAGACACAGAGUGUGACAGCAUGGCUAUAGAAGCAGAUAUAACCUUCAACAGUCCAAACGACAGUGCAGCUGACAAGUUGGAUGACAUCUUUUAAUCCUCAAAGUAUUUUCAAAAAUAACUUAAAAAUUAAGGUGUCAUUCUAGGUGACUUUUGAAAGUGUAUCAACAUUACUUUGGUACUGACUAUAUCUAAUUGCCAAAUUCUCCAGUGCUUGUGAGUAAUGAUGGAAACUCUGGAGUCAGAGGGUAUGUUAAGUAACUGAGCUUCUCACAGCGAGAAUUUUUCCGCUCACUUCGAUCACUGAUGGAACCUGCUCAGGAGUAGCAGAACUGAACAUGCUGUUAAGUGGGUUCUUUCACUGAGCUGCUCUGAGCAGUUCACUUUCUUAACGCACCCAUUGUUUACAAACUUACAGUGGUUGUCCUGUUAAAGUUUGCAUUUAUGUACUGUUCAAGUAGACAUGUUUUGUUCUCCUCUGUUUUGGUUUGUUUUGCUGCAGGUAAAUGAUAACUGUAUAUGGAGUUAUUAUGAUUUGUCUCUAAAACUGUCUUUACCUGAUUUUCAGCUUUGUAAGAAUCCUAAGCACUUGGAUGUAACAGCCUUCCUCAUUAAAUGAAAUGUGUCAAUGCCUUUUCUAUCUUUUGACUUUGCCUUGCUUUUCCAUAAAUAUA